UAACGAUGAAAUGAAAUGAUUUGUCGACACUGCAUGCACACUCAGCCAGAUAUUCAGUUUUAUUUCGUCGUUCUAUAAGUAGUCAGCGCUGAACUGCCGGUAUUUAUCGGUAGUCAACAAGCUCAAUUUUGUGUGAUUUUAUUCUCGACGUGCACAUAUUAGAUAUAAGACGCGGUUUCGUACAUCAAAAUAAUUCACGAUAUACCAUCAUGGUGGGGAAUACUUUAAAACUAGUGUUGGUUGUAUAUCUUGCUGCUACCGUAGCGGGUUCUGCCUUGGACAGGAACAAGAGACAGUGGGACUCUUUUGAUGAUUUGACAAACAACUUGGGCCCGUAUGGCCACUGUGGAAAGCCGACCAUGUCGAUACCAAACGGUGGCAUAAAGAUCCUCCCUAUAUAUGACUUUGACGACGUUAACGAUAACUCGUGUCUUACCGGAAGUGCAACUCUGUGCGAACCGAAGUUCUACUGCGACCCUGGUUAUGAUGUGAACGGCAACAUCCACCUUGAAUGUGUGGAGGAUGAGUUGACCGGGGAAUACAAGUGGGAUGGUGAUAUCCCGACCUGUACCAAGGAGUUUUCAAGGAUCUAUAUCUAUGCGAUGGUGUUCUCUGUCACCCUCGUACUCAGUCUGAUUGCAGGUUUCGUAAGGUAUUCUAUCCGCAAGUCGAGGGAAGGAUCUCGACCACGAUGUGUAACCCGUACUACGGUGGUCAUUCCCAGUUCAACAACGAUAACAACGAGGACUGGGGGCUCUAUAUUGCCCGGUGGGCCACCACCAUAUGCUCGUUUUGAUGACAGUAACAUCCAAGUACCCAAAGAUGAGCCCACAUCCAAUCCACAAGCCUAAAAGGUCACUGUUGGUGGACCACCUUCCAACGUCUUCCAAGAGAGAUGAGAUGUCUUCCUUGUCCCUUAACAACUACAUAUAUCACAAACUAUGUUGUUGAUUGGUGUACAUAAUGGACUGCACUGGUCAUUUUAUUAAGUAAUUAUUAUGUUUGUGUUUAAUAGAUAACUUUUUUUUAAUAGGUAAAUAUUUGAAAUCAAUAAACGUAAAAUUUAAAGAAACUGGCAGUAUACUAAACGAAUUAUUAACACAUACGCUACCCACUCUUUCAUAAACUCAUAAUAGCACAUGCAUGAAUCAUAUAGUUUUUAUUCCUUUAUCAUUUUAUGUUUUCGUCAUUUGAAAUACCUCUUGCCAAUUUGUUUAAUGUUUCCCGUUAUUUUUUAAAUUAUUUCCGAUUUUAUUAUAGUUGAAUACUACAAUGGCAUACACACUAUUCAUUUCCCAGACACACAAUUCACUUUCAGUUAAUAUUUCUUUCUAGAAUUCCACAACACAAGUUUCAAUACAAUACUUUAUCCGUAAUAUUUAUUUUGUAAUUAUCUAUGUUACUGUUUGAAUAUUUUUUUUUUCAUUAUUACCUUGUAAUACAUCGCAAUUCGGCCUUAGCCGCGAUGAUGUCUUGAUUUUAUUAAUAAACCAUUUAUCUAUCUAUCUAUCUAUCUUACACCGAUGUUGAAAUGUUUUAGGUGUUAGCUCAACACCCAUUGAUGUUAUAACAGCUUGGUUGUUAUUAAUUUUAACGCUGUUUGAAGUUAUGUUGAAAUUCUAGGGUGUCAUUUUAACACCACAGGGUGUGCUGGGCUCUUUAGGAACACCAUGCAGUUUUAGUUUUAACACCCAUUACAUCAUCCUUUUCUCCAUUUGUUUGAGUAGGACCUUUGCUGAUCUAGAGAUUAAGCAAUGAAUAGAGACUGAGUUGGAUUAUUUAUGAAAUACGUACAGGGUUUAAGGUUUCAUUAUAAAGGCUGACAUUAUCCUCUUCCUACUGUUGUAUUAUGAUGAGUGUUGGCGUGCCUUUUAUGAACUUUGCUCUUCCUAAAAUUUUAUCUUGCAUUAUGAUGUCAUAUAUCAUGUUCGAAGGGCUCGUGUGAAAAUAUUUGUUUUAACAGUAAACAUUUACUGUCUAGUUUCUCUUUUCCUUACGAAAGUGCUUUCAUAGUAAGUGUGCCUUGAAUCAAUUUUUUGUGUGUUUCCAGAAGAUUUAAGAAAAAUACGCUGAUUGAUCAUCCUUAUGAAAACAAAUGUUUUUUUAAUGCUGAAAACCACUCGUAGUCACGCUGUAUUUUUUCUUACAGAUUCACAGUAACCUUUUUAGGCUUUAUGAGUGUCAAACGUAUGUUUGUUUGUGUACAUUAAUACUUACUAAAUAAGUAUUUUGGUUAGUGCGUUAAUGUAUAGUAAACAAUAAUAAUAAAUGUAUAUAUUUGUAUAAUGCAUGAUGCAUCUAACAUGGUUCCUGAGAUGCUUCAAUGUAACCAUGGCCUCCAUACAAGUAGGCCCUACUGCGAAACAUAAUGUAUAAACCCAAGUUUGUCGGGGGGGGGGGGGGGGGGGGAGCAGCGCCAAGCUAAAUUUAUGGCGUUUUCUGCACACAUUUGCUUUUAUUAUAAAACACAUUGACAAUGGGCCCGGGAGAACAGGGUGCUGGUUUUAAAAAAAUGACAAAAAAAAAAGAAAUAAUAAUAUUUUAAAAAGGUUUUCGUACCAAAUGAAGGAAAAUUUUGGUCAAAUUAUAACAUUUCAGCAUAUCAACCUGAUUUCCAAGGGGUGCUACCUAUGGUGUAUAACGUAGGCCAAUACGCAACACCCCAUGACAUUGACCCUAUAUAUUUGGUACUAGAUGUGUAUUUAAAGGGGAAGUUCACCCUGCUAAAAAGUUUCUUGUAGAUAUUGUAGCAAAAAAAUAUUCAAAAUAUCAUUGAAGGUUUGAGGAAAAUCCAUCAAAGAUUUAAAAAGUUAUAACUUGUAAUAGAAGUUUCGUUUCUUGAUUUGUGACGUCAUAUGCGAGCAGCUUUCCAUGUAUCGCGAAUAAAAAAAAAUCAAUGAAAUGUCAUUUAAAAAAGAUAAAAAUAAAUGGUGUGUAUUGCACUAUCAGUACAUCAUUUCACACACGCUCCUUAAAGAAAGAUAUUUAGACAAUCAUGAACCAUGACAAAAAAAUGAAUUUAAUGCAUUUUAUAUUAUAUAACAAUUGGAUAAGCUGCUCGUAUAUGACGUCAUUACAAAAAAAUCUCUCAUAAAUUUUUAAUCUGAUAGAUUUUUCUCAAUUGUUCGCCAAUAUUUUUUUACUAUUUUUUCUGAUAUAUAUAU